GGUGGCUUCGGCUUCGGAGGCGGAUUUGGAUCCGGCGGAGGUGGCGGAGGCGGGGGUGCCUUUGGGGGCGGUGGGGGACUAGGUUUAGAGGCCGGGCUGGGCGCAAUAAAACAAGGUGUCCAUAGCAUCAUUGACAAGGCUGCAAGUUUCGGAAAAGGAGGUGGCUUUGGAUUUGGAGCUGGUGGGGGAUUGGGCGGUGGAUCAGGAGGUGGUUAUGGCCUUGGAGGUGGUUCUGGCCUCGGAGGUGGUUCUGGCCUAGGAGGUGGUUCUGGCCUCGGAGGUGGUUCUGGCCUAGGAGGUGGUUCUGGCCUCGGAGGUGGUUCUGGCCUAGGAGGUGGUUCUGGCCUCGGAGGUGGUGCUGGAAUUGGAGGCGGCUUAGGUGGAGGAAAAGGAACAGAGAAGUUUAUACAAACGAGUUCAUCCGAUGGAAAAUCUGGAGGGUUCGCUUUUACUGGAACACUUGAAAAUGGGGGCUACGGAGGAGGUGGUGGUUACAGCAACGGUGGAGGAGCAGGUUAUGGUGGCGGUGCUGGAGGUGGAUUAGGAUCCGGCGGAAACGGAAAUGGCGGUUUCGGGGGUCACAGUGGAAGCGCUGGAGGUGGAGCCGGUGGCUUCGGAGGAAACGGUGGAUCUGGAAGUGGGGGCUAUGGAGGUGGAAAUGGUCUCGGUGGUGGAGCUGGGGCUGGAUUUGGAGGGGGAUUUGGCGGGGGACUAGGGGGUGGUAAAGGAUCCGGUGGUUCUGGCAACUAUGGAGGCGCUGGACCUAGUCACGGAGGUUCGGGUGGAAAUGGCUUUGGAGGUGGAUCUGGUGGACAAGGGGGCAGUGGAGGCGGUUUUGGUGGAUCGGGUGGAGGUCUUGGCGGUGGCGCUGGAGGUGGAUCCGGAAGUGGUAUCGGUGGUGGUGUCGGUGGAGGCCAUGGUGGAUCCGAUGGCCACAGCGGUGGGUUAGGUAUAUCAGGUGGAGUUGGAGCUAGUUUGGGUAGUGGGGUAGGAGGUGGUAAAGGCUAUGGCGGUUCAGGAGGCAGUGGAUUUGGCGGAGGUGCUGGAGGUGGUCUUGGAGGUGGAUCUGGGGGUGGAUUAGGAGGUUCCGGUGGUCAUGGAAACGGCUUUGGAGGUGGAUCUGGUGGUCCGGGGGGUAAUGGAGGCGGUUUCGGAGGAUCAGGUGGUGGUCUUGGAGGCGGAUUAGGAGGUUCCGGUGGUCACGGAAAUGGCUUUGGAGGUGGAUCUGGUGGUCCGGGGGGUAAUGGAGGCAGUUUUGGAGGAUCGGGUGGUGGUCUUGGAGGUGGUUACGGUGGCGGCUUGGGAGGAGGUAGUGGUCAUGGUGGAUCUGGAGGUCAUGGCGGUGGUGGCAACGGAGGUGGUUCCGGGGGAUAUGGUGGAAAUGGUUCUGGAUCAGGUAGCAAAGGUUGUUCUGGAGGGUGUGGUGGUUGUGGUAGUGGGUCUUGUGGUGGUCAGGGCUCUGCCUAUGCCAGCGCUUCUGCAACUGCAAGUGCUAGUGCCCACGCUGGUGGAUAUGGAAAAUAAAGUCAUAAAAGACAAAGAAAAUUAUUUUCUAUUUGGAACCCAAUCAGUAAGGCCACGUCUUUUUCAAAUUUAUGAAUAAGUUACGAAUUUAUUAUUUUAAGUAACGAUGCCAUAACAUUCAUUAUGUAUUAUAAAAGAAAAAUAAUUGUUAAUUAAGAUUGUUUUCAAUUACAUGUAAUAAAAAUAAUAACGUUUAAAAUUAAUACUAUCAAAAAUAUUGUAAUGGAAUAAAAGCUGUGAUUUAAAACUAAAGUAGAAUUAAGUUAUUUAAAAAUUUUAAUAAAACUUUUUAUGUU